GCCCCAGAGGGCUCAAAGGAGGACGCCGCUAAGAAUCCCAAGUCCCUUAAAGGUGGACAAAGGUACUACACAGCCAUUUCGUCUUUUAUCAGAGGCAUCCUCCCCGUGGCCUGAGCCAACAAGGCAAAUCGUCGCAUGAUCUCUUCUGGCCGACCUCUUUCUAGGUCAAGCCUGUUCUCGUUUUCACAGAGGCAGGUCCGGGGCACGACGCUGAGCAAUGGGCUGGUUCAGCAAGGGACAGACAGGGGCUGGCGCAACCAUGCACAGCCAAGAUGGCUCCGAAUAUGAGGUUGCCCACAGUAGCACGCCGACUUAUGCAGCAUCAGAAGGGGGCCCGCAAAAAUGGGCAGAUCACAGAGAUUACAAGUACGCUCAUGGGCCGCAAUCUCUCAGUUCCCUUGCGGCAGAGAGCACUGCCAGUCUCCCCAACCAAAACAACAAUCCUUAUCUUUCUUCGGGCCUGGAUGCCAAUUCUGCCGCCGGACGGCUUAGACAGGUUGAUCAGUUGGAAUUUAGCAGGUCUACCGAUCAGAUCAGUAUACAAUCGAAAGCGUCCUUCUCUAGCCAUCAAUCCGCGAGUACGAGACCCAAGGAGCCGAGGAACUACAAGCAAUACCAUAUCCCGAUUCGAGCCGAAGUACCGUCACCAGCAUCGAACCCUGGAAACACACCAACUUCCUAUCUAAUGGCACCAUCAUUAAUAGGCGGAGAUGAGACACCCACGGGGAUAGGGAUGGCGCUUGGAAGCCCAAGUCAUCCUCCUGGAUCUUCUGAGUUGCCAUGGCAGACUGGAACCUUGACGACCGUAACUUCAGGGGGACAUGCACAAGAACCAGCUCCUAAUGCCGGUGGCCCGUCAAGAUCAAUGUCAAAAAGGUGGAAUCCUUUUAGCAGGACGAAGUCAAAAAGAUCCAAGCCGGUAGAGACCUCUACCUCGCGAUCGCUGGGUACAGAUACUGGGAAAAGCACGGUGGAUCUUACGAACGUAGCAAAGAACGGCGAUGACUUGGGGAGUGAAAAGAACAAGGGCGAGAAAGAGAGUGACAGCAGAGGUACAGGGCCCGUAUUGCGCAAGGACAGCUCAAGCAGCGUAUCGAAAUCUCCUCCCAAAGAUGUUCCUGGAUUGCCGUAUCAACGAGAUUUUGCGGCACCGACGCGUAACCCCCCCGUUCCGCCACAGCCUCAAUUUCAGCCCUCGAAGCUUCUGGAGGUUGAAAUCCCAACAACUCAGAUGGAAAGAUUCAGCGUCAUGUUUGGAACCAUUCUUAAGAAGCAACCGUCUGAAUAUCAAUACUUCUUACAACAAGCUCAGCAGUCCUGGCAGACUCAGCCAUCGGCCGCACCAGAGCAGGCUGAGAACCCACAAGAGUCGCGGAAGCCCGAGGAAACACAGCAGCAUCAGCCUAAACAAACGCCAGAGCAAUUGAGGAAACCAUCAAAGGAAUCGGUCGAAUCUCAAGAAUCACAACAAGUAUUGUCACCGCUCAAACCAAAGUUGUCAGUCCGACGACAGGUCAAGCUGGACAAGCUAAAGGUACCCGCAGCCAAGGAAUUCCGAGAUGGCUCUAUUCCUGUCGAGAUUGUGGUACCUCACCGGCGAUCGACUUCACCUUUGCCAAAAAGCUCACCCUCAUUUUCUCUCUUCCCCCAAGAUCAAGCCCCCAUAAACAACCCCCCUCCAAGAGCCUCGUCACGCAUGCGAUCCAACACCUCCCCUGCAAUGGUCAACUUUCCGACUCCUGCUAUGUACAAAGCACCAAAAGGAUUAAGGAAAAGGACCACUUCUGUUUCUAAUCCUUCUCAGGAUGAGCCUUUGCCCACAGAUAGUCAAAUGACACCGGAGCGGCGCGAGAAGCUUAUUUCCAAGUUCCACCGUAAAGAAUCGACAUCAUCAGAGGCCUCCGUGCCAAAAGUCGCCGGACAGCUAUCAGAAUCCCCUGCUUCCAUAACUGCACCAGUUUCUGUAGCUGCGCCAGUGCAGCCUCGAUCAAUUCUGAAGAAACCAUCUGGACCGCCACCACAACCACUGAAUCGCACAGCGGAGCCCAAACCGCCACCAUCCCAAAGGGUGUCACCAUCCCAAAGAGUUUCACCGUCUCAAAAAGUCUCACCAACCCAAAAAGCUUCACCAUCACAAAGAACUGCGCCUCCGAAACAUCAACACCAGAAGUCCACAACUUCUAUUCGUACCAACGCAGACGAAGAAGAAGUCGAAAGAGCCCUGUACGAGGCUGUGGAAAUAUCCAUUGCGCGUCAAAUUAGCGUCUCAAGGCAGCAGCGUAAUAUCGUGGUGCCUUUGAUGCGUUCCGCCUCAAGGAGGGUGCCUGGAGAGGCUGCAGCGGAAGUGGCCGCUUUGAUCAAACCAGAAAAGAACAAGCGAAUUGUUGAGACGAGGACCGCGACGCCGCAGUUGGUACACCCAGAAGAAGAGGGCCGUCUUGGGCAGAGUGGUUAUCGGAAGAGCUCGCGCGUGGUGCUCGAGGGUGCAUGACGGAACGACCUUUUUUACGUUUCUGACUGAUCUAUUCUUGUCUAUUAUUCUUUUCUUUUUCCUGUCUUCUUUUUCC